CGAAAAGACGCGAAUACCCUCGAAGAAAAAUCUUAUCCCCACGCUAUUCCCCUGCCCGCUCCGCUUGUCAUCUAUCUCCUUCUUCGAUUCGCGCUAGGGUUUCGCUGCUGCUUAUCGUCGAUUGAGCUGUGCUAGAAGGGGAAAGAUGAUCGAGGUUGUGCUGAACGACCGGCUGGGGAAGAAGGUGAGGGUGAAGUGCAACGAUGACGAGACGAUCGGAGACCUGAAGAAGCUCGUGGCAGCUCAGACCGGAACCAGGGCUGAGAAGAUCAGGAUCCAGAAGUGGUACACCAUCUACAAGGACCACAUCACCCUCAAGGACUACGAGAUCCACGACGGCAUGGGCCUUGAGCUCUACUACAACUAAGCUCAGGUUAAUGGAUUAAUAAGGUAGCAUCGGACAAGGAUGGCACCCUUGCAGAACCAUGGAUAUUGUAAUUUUGGUAGGUCGUUCUCAUCGUGAUGAUGCUGCCAUAUAUAACCAAAAGAUGAACUAUUACUGACUGUAGCUAUACCAUUACCGCUUAAAUGUAACGGAAGUCGGCGCCUACAUUAAAUACUAUAGGCCUUCUUGCCUAUAGUUACAUGGUUACAUUUAGUAUAGAAACAGAGGAUCUCAGUUAAUCUUGUUGGUCUCAGCAAACGACAGUUUCGGUAGAAACCACUUCUCCAUUCUCAUCACUAGUCGAGGAUGUACUGUAGAAAAGCGAUUAAACAUUAUUAGAAAGCGUGCGUUUUUUUUGUGAGGAA